AUGCCCGUGUAUGAUGCACAAGGCAACCGUCGUCCACUUGUUCAGUAUGCGAUUAUGAUGGAUGCCGGCAGCACAGGGAGUCGGAUUCAUGUCUACAAAUUCAACUACUGCAAAGCGUCCCCCGAGCUAGAGUUUGAGCAUUUUGAUCAUAUCGAACCAGGUCUUUCGUCGUAUGGUGCAAAUUCGAACGCGGCAGCUCAAUCGCUUCGCCCUUUGCUUGAUAAGGCUCUAGAGAUUAUACCAUCCUCUUUACACCGUUGUACACCGGUGCAACUGAAGGCUACGGCGGGUUUGCGUCUACUUGGACCCGAACAUAGCACAGCGAUCAUCGAUGCCGUGCGUACCAUGUUGGCGGAUUCGUAUCCAUUCCCGAUUGCAGAUGGUAUCAACAAUCAAGGCAUGCUUACCUCGAACGGCGUUGAAAUUAUGGAUGGACGUGACGAAGGCGUAUUUGCUUGGAUCACGGUAAACUACCUAAUGAAACUGAUCGGUUCUGGAGGGAAGAAAAAGACAGCCGCUGUUAUGGACCUGGGUGGCGGCUCGACGCAAAUUGUGUUUGAGCCACAACUCCAUCCCUCAGAACCAAUGCAUCCUGGCGAGCAUGUGUAUGAACUCAAAAACUUUGAGAAUGUCUCGUUCACACUAUACCAGAAUUCAUACUUAGGAUUUGGCCUUAAGCAGGCUAGACAAUCCGCCAACUCGCUAGCCGCUUUCACGCACCUUACGUCACAUCCCGAUGCAGUUAAGCACUUGGACGACAUCUCUGCGUGGGACAAGUUUACACCAGAAUCCACGUUUAUUCCCAGUCCUUGUUACGCAGCGGGUACACAAAAGACGGCGAAAGUCGCUAUGGGCAAAUCAAAAGGGUCGGAAGUGACCAUGUUGGGUACCAGCGGCGGGUUCCGCGCAUGCCAACGCCUAAUCGAAGUUAUGAUGGACAAGGAUGCAGAGUGCUAUGCGGCUCCUUGCUCUUUUGCCGGCGUGUACCAGCCUUCAUUAUCGCAAACGUUCAAAAAUGCGGAAAUUGUGGCGCUGUCGUACUUUUAUGACCGGAUUGCUCCUCUAGGCCUUGGACCUACGUUCAGCGUUAAGGAACUCGAGCAGCUGGCUGUACGGGCAUGUUCAUUGCCGAGUCAAUGGAGUUCGUUUAAAUCCCCGGCCUUUAGCCCAGAAGCGCUCAGCGAAUUGCAGAAGCGGUCCGAUUACUGCCUCGACCUCACAUACAUGCAUACUUUGCUACGUUUGGGCUACGAGCUAGAAGACUCGCGCAAGAUUACACUUGCAAAAAAGCUGGGUAACUUUGAGCUUGGAUGGGCUCUUGGUGCUCAGUUAGCUGUUUUACAGCAGGGCGUUCUCUGCAAGUAG